UUGUUCCUUUUCCCGGGAUAUUCGUAUUUCUAUUCCGUCUCCCAUGCGGGUUUCACCUCGCGCUGUGCCCAAGUGUGCCAUGGGGAGAGACACCUUGCGAGCGAUGGAAUUGCUGAACCGUAGCGUUCGCCGGCGAUCGUGUUGAGCCGUCAAGCGUUCAGUGAAGUAGAUCGGAAAUGGUACGCACUUUCGUGGCACAAGGGACCCAGUACAGGACCUUCACUAACUGGCGUGCCAACAGCAGCUCGAUUUCUAUUGAACUGGCGUGUUGUCUUGCUCGCUCUCGUUUCCUCCCAUCCUUGCAACUGCCUACUGUGCCUCUGUGUUUCUAUAUUGUGGCGGUUGUCAUGGUGCUACCUACGGUUCUACGCAUGUAUUUGUGCGUGUCCCUUAUUCCUGGCUCCUAGUAGGAUCCAGAGCUUGUGCUUGCCCGCGGCUUUGCGUCCUCGCGGCAGUUCCACUCGCACUCUGUUACCGUGCAGACACGCAGCACAACCAGUGAACCAGGAUGCCUAUUUUUCGCAAAAACAAGCGCCCGAAACCGACCAGCUACGAGGUGCUGAACAACAACGUCGACUACGGUACGCGGCGGAUCGAACAGUUGCCACGGCCGUACAGCUGCCAGGUGACGCCGUACCGGGAGCUGGAGUUUAGCGAGCGCACCAAGCGGGCCGCCCAGGCCGUGGUUCCGUUCCUGCUGCCCGCCUGCAAAGCCAUCUUCAUCGGGGACGUGUCGGUCGGGAAAACGUCGCUAGUGAACCGCUUCUGUCACGAGUCGUUCGACGGUGACUACACCGCGACCAUCGGGCUGGACUUUGAGGUGGAACGGUUUCAGAUCCUCAGCCAAGCGUACAGUCUGCAAAUUUGGGACACAGCAGGCCACGAACGGUUCAAAUGCAUCGCACAGUCCUACUACCGCAAUGCGAGCGUCGUAGUGGUUGCGUUCGACAUGACACGCCCGGAAACGCUGCUAAACGGCAAACGGUGGCUCGAUGAGGCACUGCGGUUAAAUACGGGCCCUGUGCUAAAGUUUCUUGUGGGUACCAAAAAAGAUCUGCUGAGCGAUCAGGCACUCUGUGAUAUUGAGCUGGAGGCGAUUAAAAUGGCGUACGACAUCAACGCCGAGUAUUGGCCGGUUUCGGCCCGGACCGGCGAAAAUGUGACCAAGUUUUUCCGCCGACUGGCGGCCCUCGCCUUCGACUAUGGCGUGCAGCGGGCGAUGGAAACGAACGCUUCGCUGCUGCAACCGAACGGGAACAGUUUACUGAAUCUGUACUUCUUGCGUAAGGAGAAGAAGGAGAAAAAGUUCCUCAGAUGUCUAAACUGUACAAUAAACUAAUUUAUUAUUGCCUAUAUUUAAUCAUCCCAGUAACCAACGGUUUUCU